CCACACAAAACAAAACUUCCCCUACAGCAGAAACACACACACACACCCCACCGGCUUGCCGUAGCAAUGAGGAAGUGAAACUGUAUGCUGAUCUUCCUGUUCGACGUUAACGAGAUGACAGAAAGGGGUACCAGCAGUGGCCUUCUGACUUUUCUCAUUGUGACUGGUAGCGUAUUACAGUACUCAUGUAAGCCUCUUGACUACAGGAAUAAAUCACUGGAAGAAAUAUCUAAGGAGUUAUCACGUUAUUCUGGCAUCGCCCAGAAAAUCAUAGACCUGGCAGUCUAUGGGAAGGCUCAAAACCGCUCAUAUGAGCGACUUGCAGUCUUCACAGAUACAGUCGGAAACAGAGUGAGUGGGUCUUCGAACCUGGACUUGGCUAUCAAGUACAUGUACAAUGCAUUAAGCUUGGAUGGACUGGAGAAUGUACAUCUAGAACCUGUGACGAUCCCUCACUGGGUGAGGGGACAAGAGAGGGCAGUGAUGGUUCUUCCACGAAACCACACCUUGUCAAUCCUUGGGUUGGGGAGUAGUGUUGGGACUCCCAAAGGAGGUAUUGAAGCUGAAGUGUUAGUGGUGGAGUCUUUUGAUGACCUGAAAAGAAGAGCAAAUGACGCUAAGGGGAAGAUUGUGGUGUAUAAUCAGCCCUUUGUUAGCUAUGGGGAGACGGUGGCAUACCGUGCUUCAGGAGCUUCAGAGGCAGCUAAAGUGGGAGCAGUGGCUUCACUCAUUCGCUCCAUCACACCGUUUUCCAUCAACAGCCCCCAUACCGGAUGGCAGUGGUACCAGCCUGGUGUGCCUCAGAUCCCCACAGCCUGUAUCACAGUGGAAGAUGCCCAGAUGAUGGCCAGGAUGGCAAACCGAGGCAUAAAAAUUGUGGUGCACUUAACUAUGGGGGCACAGACCCUGGAAGAUGUGGUCUCCUUCAACACAGUGGCUGAGAUUACAGGCAGUGAGCACCCAGAGCAAGUUGUUUUGCUAAGUGGUCAUCUGGACAGUUGGGAUGUAGGACAGGGGGCUAUGGAUGAUGGAGGUGGAGUGGCAAUUUCUUGGGAAGCCUUGUCUCUCAUCAAAGACCUGGGGCUGCGUCCUAAGAGGACAAUGAGGGCUGUGCUGUGGUCUGCUGAGGAAGCAGGGGGAGUUGGAGCUAUGCAAUACUACCAACAGCACAAAGCAAACAUUUCAAAUUUUGACCUGGUGAUGGAGUCAGAUAUGGGCACAUUUUCCCCUGUUGGACUGCAGUUCACUGGCAGUGACAAAGCCAGAUCGAUCAUGACGGAAGUCAUGAAACUGCUGGCACCCAUCAAUGUAACAUCCCUGGAGAAACAUGGAGAAGGAACUGAUAUAAACAUGUGGAUGCAGGCUGGAGUUCCAGGUGCCAGCCUCCAUACGGCCGAUAGCAAAUACUUCUGGUUCCACCACACUGACGGAGACACGAUGACCGUACAGAACCCAGCAGAGAUGAACCUGUGUUCAGCUGUAUGGGCCGUGGUGUCGUAUGUCGUGGCAGACCUUGACGAAAUGCUUCCCAGAUAACAGUUUCUCAUUUUUAUAAUUGAGAGCUUUUCAAAAUUUUUAAAAAAAUUUGAACAAAAGGAAUGAGUUUAUUUAGGCUUUUGAUAUUUGCAUUUAAUUUUCAUAAAACAGAUUUUAUCUUCAGGUACUCCUUUGUUGAAAACCUAAUGUAUAAUAAAACCACUAUGUACCUCUAUGUCUCUCACCCAUAAACCCACAUCACGUGACCUAAUCAGCAUGUUUGACCAAUUAUUUGUCAGUAUUUCAGUGGGUUUGUUAAUUACUGUAAAUGUUUGUUAUAAUAAAAAUGACAUAAAUGCA